AUGGCCUAAUAAUCCGCUGAAUUUGCAACAAAAGUGGAUGAGUCUCAUAAAGGUUAAGAGGAUGAUAAAAAUACACCCUAAGAACCUAAAUAAUAGAGCGAAGAGAAAAAUGAAGCAUAAAAGUCAGAAAAUAAGGCUCCAAGCUUAUUUGGAUCAAUGAUAAAUGGAUAAAAUUUGUUCAACAACAAUUAAACUUCCUCUAUUUUUUAAGGAGGUUUGUUUGGGUCAUCCUAACCCACAACUGGAAUUUUCAGUUCUGGACCUUCUCUUUUAAGCAAUGUUAAUGUAGAUCUAACUAAACCAGGACCAUCCUUGUUUGGUAUUAGUUACAAGGCUCCUAAAUCUGAUGAGAGUGAUCCUGGAGAAGAUGAUGGAUAGGAUGAGUAAAAGCCAGAAGAUGACGAACCAAAUUAAGUGGUAAUGAAGUAUAAUUAUACUUCAAACACAGAAUAAUUAGUAAAGGUAAACGUUGAAAAGUUCAGAAAAAAUACAAACGAUAUACUAGAAAAGGGAUCUGUUGCCAUUGAAAAAACUAAAACCGGAGAGUCUUAUUACCUUGUUUAUAGAAAUGCAAUUUAAUAAUCAUUGUAUACAGGCUAAUUCAUCAAAGGAUUUUCAGAGAUCAAACCCUUGGGUUAGAAGGCAGAAAAUUUAAUUAUUAAAACUAUCAGCAGAAAAGAAAAAUAGGAUAGUAAAUAAGGGGAAAAUGAUGAAAAGAAAUCAAUAUCAAUUGAUACAUUAAAAAUAAUGUUCACAACCAAGGAAGGAUCUGAAGAGUUUAAAGCAGAAUUUGCCAAAAUAUUUUAAUGAUAAUACAUAAAAAACCAAAUUUUAGAUCAUAUUUAACAAUAAAAGCAUCAAAAA